GAGGCCCCGCCUCCCCCCGGGCGUCGUGAGGCAGGCGCCGUCCCGGGGGUCCCAUGGAGGAGGCCCUGGCGCGGGACGCCGUGACGAAGGAGGGCUCCGGCUCCGGUGCCCCGGGCCCCCGGGACGUGUCGGUGGCCCUCGCGCCCGACUACAACGGCGGCAUGAAGGAGCUGAUGGAGCGGCUGCGGGCGCAGCUGCAGGCCCUGUUCGAGGACGUGCGGGCCAUGCGCGGGGCCCUGGACGAGCAGGCCUCCACCAUCCAGGGCCUGUCGGACGACGUGUGCGCCAACCAGCGCGCCAUCGUCACCAUGUGCAGGAUCAUCACCACCAAGCCAAGACAGGCCCCGCCCGGCGACGACCACCCCCGCCACCACGACGACCCCCGGGACCGGCAGCCCUGCUCGCCCCCGCAGCCCCACAGACGCUCCCGCGGACCCCCGAGGGACGCCGACGCCGGGCCCCUCGAUGCCGACCGGCGGGACGCACGGCCCUCUGCCUCCCCGCCUGAGACCCCCGGAGCCCCGACGCCUGAGACCCCGAAGACCGCCCAACCCCUAGAGACCACCGACACCCCGGUGACCGCGCCACCCUCGGACGGCUUCACACCCCCAGAGACCUUCAGUCUCCCGGAGGUCACCCCCGACAUCCCUGGAGGCCCGGUGACCGCGCUACCCUUGGACAGCUUCACACCCCCAGAGACCUUCAGUCUCCCGGAGGUCACCCCCAACAACCCUGGAGGUCCGGUGACGGCACUACCCUUGGACAGCUUCACACCCCAAGAGACCUUCGGUCUCCCAGAGGUCACCACCAACACCCCUGGAGGCCCGGCACCCGUCGAGGCCCCAUUGGUGACCGCACUACCCUUGGAGAACUUCACACCCCCAGAGACCUUCAGUCUCCCGGAGGUCAACACCGACACCCCUGGAGGCCCGGCACCCGUCGAGGCCCCAUUGGUGACCGCACUACCCUUGGAGAGCUUCACACCCCCAGAGACCUUCAGUCUCCCAGAGGUCAACACCGACACCCUUGGAGGCCCGGCACCCGUCGAGGCCCCAUUGGUGACCACACUACCCUUGGAGAGCUUCACACCCUCAGAGACCUUCAGUCUUCCGGAGGUCACCGAAGCCUCAGAGAUCGCUGGGCCCGCAGAGACCCCGGAAUCACCAGAGACCCUCACUCUCCUCGAGGUCACCGAAGCCCCAGAGAUUGUCGGACCCUCAGGGACCCUGGAGCUACCGGAGAGCCUCACUUUCCUGGAGGUCACCGAAGCCACAGAGAUCGUUGGGCCUGCAGAGACCCCAGAAUUACCAGAGACCCUCACUCUCCUCGAGGUUAUCAAAGCCCCAGACGUUGUUGGACUCUCAGGGACCCUGGAACUGCAGGAGAGCCUCACUUUCCUGGAGGUCACCAAAGCCGCAGAGAUCGCUGGGCCCCCAGAGACCCCAGAAUCACCAGAGACCCUCAUUCUCCCGGAGGUCACCGAAGCCCCAGAGAUUGCUGGGCCUGCAGAGACCCCAGAAUCACCAGAGACCCUCACUCUCCCGGAGGCCACCGAAGCCCCAGAGAUUGUUGGACACUCAGGGACCCUGGAGCUACCAGAGACCCUCACUGUCCUGGAGGUCACCAAAGCCUCAGAGAUUGUUGGACUCUCAGGGAACCCGGAGCUACCGGAGACCCUCACUCUCCUGGAGGUCAGCGAAGCCACAGAGACUGCUGUGCUCACAGAGACCCCAGAAUCACCAGAGACCCUCACUCUCCCGGAGGCCACCGAAGCCCCAGAGAUUGUUGGACACUCAGGGACCCCGGAACUACCAGAGACCCUCACUCUCCCGGAGGUCACCAAAGCCCCAGAGAUUGUUGGACCCUCAGAGACCCUGGAGCUACCAGAGACCCUCACUUUCCUGGAGGCCACCAAAGCCGCAGAGACCACUGGGCCCACAGAGACCCCAGAAUCACCAGAGACCCUCACUCUCCCAGAGGUCACGGAAGCCCCAGAGAUUGUUGGACCCUCAGAGACCCUGGAGCUACCAGAGACCCUCACUCUCCCGAAGGUCACCGAAACUGCAGAGAUUGCUGGGCUCACAGAGACCCCAGAAUCACCAGAGACCCUCACUCUUCUGGAGGUCACUGAAGCCCCAGAGAUUGUUGGACCCUCAAGGACCCUGGAACUACCAGAGACCCUCACUCUCCCGGAGGCCACCGAAGCCCCAGAGAUUGUUGGACUCUCAGGGACCCUGGAACUAUCAGAGACCCUCACUUUCCCGGAGGUCAACGAAGCCCCAGAGAUUGUUGGACUCUCAGGGACCCUGGAACUACCAGAGACCCUUACUCUCCUGGAGGUCACCAAAGCCCCAGAGAUCACUGGGCCCACGGAGACCUCAGAAUCACCAGAGACCCUCGCUGUCCCGGAGGUCACCGAAGCCCCAAAGAUUGUUGGACCCUCGGGGACCCUGGAGCUUCCAGAGACCCUCACUCUCCCGGAGGUCACCGAAGCCCCAGAGAUUGUUGGACCCUCAGGGACCCCGGAGCUCCCAGAGACCCUCACUCUCCCGGAGGUCACCGAAGCCCCAGAGAUUGUUGGAGCCUCAGGGACCCCGGAGCUCCCAGAGACCCUCACUCUCCCAGAGGUCACCGAAGCCGUAGAGAUUGUUGGACUCUCAGGGACCCUGGAACUACCAGAGACCCCAACUCUCCUGGAGGUCACUGGAGCCCCAGAGAUUGUUGGACCGUCAGGGACCCUGGAACUACCAGAGACCCUCACUCUCCCAGAGGUCACCGAAGCCCCAGACAUCGCGGGGCCCACAGAGACCCCAGAAUCACCAGAGACCCUCACUCCCCUGGAUGUCACCGAAGCCCCAGAGAUUGUUGGACCCUCAGGGACCCCAGAACUACCGGAGACCCUCACUCUCUUGGAGGUCACCGAAGCCCCAGAGAUUGUUGGACCCUUAGGGACCCCGGAACCACCAGAGACCCUCGCACCCAAAGAGACCACCGACUCCUCGGAGUCCCCCGAAGCCCCAGAGACCACCGAGCCCCCGGAAACCCCAGAGCCCCCCGAGAUCCCAGAGAGUCCGGAGUAUCCCACCUCCACGGCGACCGUCGGCCCCCCGGAGACCCUGGGGGUCCCCAACUUUCAGGGCCCCGGAGAAGAGGAGGCGGAGGGGCCCAGCUCCUUCCUGGCGGAGAGGGGCGACUCCAGCGGGUGGGACGAGGGCGGGGACCCCCCAGGCGGGACCCUGCUCCCCCUGGGUGAGGAGGACUCUAUGUAGGGGGUACUUUCAGGGCACGGGGCGAGGGGAUGGAGGGCGGGCAACUGAAAGGGACCCGAUGCCUUCUUCUUCCCCUUGGCCCCAACCCCGCCUUCUCGCCCCCUCCCCAGGAGAGAUGGAGAGACCAGCCGGGGGUCCUGAGUCCCCCUCCCCGAGUGACAGAGUGACCGGCUCCUAAAGAUGAGGGGCGUUGAGGGGAGGGAGCCGGUGAGAAGACCCCCACCCACCCAAACCCCCUCUCCUGGACUCCCCCCAGUCCCAACCAAAAUCCCCCCACCCUGCAGUUUGUAAGUAAUUUAAAAAAAAUCGUGCUUUUUUUGUAAAGUGGAGGCCGACUCGCUAAGGAGAGUGGAGUCGCCGAAGGUGGGUACGGAAAUGAAGCAACGGGGGGGGGGGUUUCGCCCGGGGACUGACCCACCGCACAGCGAGCCCCCCCAUCCUCUGCCAUCUUCGGCCGAGCCCCCCGUUCCGGGGUGGGGAGAGAAGCCGCAGCCCCCCCAAGGAGGAGAUGGUUCCGCAUUUGCAUGACGACGGAGCUCCGGCGCUAGGAUCCUGCUGCAUGCCCAGAAUAAUAAUAAUAAUAAUAACGUUGGUAUUUGUGAAGCGCUCACUAUGUGCAAAGGACUGUUCGAAGCGCUGGGAGAUGCCACCCCGUCCCCUUGACCUCUCUGGAGCGUGUUCCACCCCCGCCCUUGAAUCCAGACCGCAGAGCCCACGGAUCCCGUGCGUUCGUGUUACCCCCUGUGUCCCGCCACGUUGUAGCAUGUGAGCCCCAAGGGCUCUGGGAAUAUUUGGGGUGCUUUCCCCCCUACCCCGCCUCCCUCCCAGGGCAUGGAGCAUGUGACUACCCUGAGGUGUUGAGCGAUAUCUGCAACCACCGUCCCCCCAAAAAAGCAAGUAGCGACCCUGUGUGUACCCCUCCUUUCUGUCCCUCUGUGUUGACCUUCAUAAUAAAGAAGCAUCAUCUCCCCUC